GCAAAUAGAAUAGAGCAAUUGAUGAGUGAAAUCAAACAACCAAAGCGUGUAUCACAUCAAUCAGUGCACAUCAUAUAUAGUUUCGAAGAAUAAAUCCGGAAACCAUCCAUCUUGCUUCCCAAGCAUGUUUUGACGUAUAUGUUGCUUUGUCGAUCGUCUCCUUCACAAAUAGUGGCAUGCUUAACAUCUAUUUCUCCUCUACAACAUUAACCUUAAUUUGCACAAAUGGAAAGUCAAGGGAUUGAAGUUAUGAGGACACGCAUGAAACCAGCUAUGGAAGAGAAGGAAGAAGAUGGAGUAGUUUUAAAGUUUGAAGAAAAGAAUUUCAGACCAACAUUGCUGGAUCUGAGGAGAUGGAACUUAAUAUUGCUCAGGUUCUAGAAAAGAUAGAGCGCUUCACUCAGCUGGUGUCCGGGCUGCUGGAAUCAGGGAAGACAAGCUUUAAGGAACUGAGUAACGAAUUUGAGGAGCGUAUGAUUAUGAUACAUAAGGAACAAACUGAGAGAAAUGGCAGGAAGAGAUCAAAGACCUGCGGUUGCUCGAUUCCUCAAAUGAGGAGGCCAAUGCUCUUCUGCAAAAUGCUUGAUACUUACUACAGAGUGCUCAGAUUGAUUUUUGAUGGUUUUCCAAGACUGCCUGUCAAGGACCGAACACAUUCGUUCUGUUGAAAGAUAUUGAGCCAUAAGAUACUAUGUUAAGUACUUUGGUUUUUACAAUUUGCAUCCCAAUUACUAUUGUAUGGUUUUCUUCACCAAUCUAAAAAGUAU